UUUCCAUUCGCCCACAGCUAAAACGAACUGUGAAAAUACUUUGAAACCAAAAGAAGCAUGCUAAAGCUUCUGUCUCCGUCUCCAGCCCCUCUGCUUUUUCUUCCCUCUUAUUCAUUCCCUCUCCUCCUGUCGCCCUGCAACCUACAUUUCUCUUCCGAUCUCUCUUCAUCUUCAUGUCAUUUUCUUCAGAUUUUCAUGGCAGAAAGGCUCGUGAUUCUUACCUGACAUUUUCUGCCUCACUGCUUACACUAUUCAUGACCUUGCCCUGAAUUGAGAGGGGCCGCGUGAUAUAAUUCAAUUGUUGAACAAGAUGGAUGAAAAAAGAUUGAAUAUUGAAGCCCCUCUUCUGUCAGUGAGACGUUCUGCCGCAUCGCAGAAAACAUCGGACCAAAAACACAUUCUUCUGUACCCUAAAUCAGACUCGACUAUGCAUCAACGAACAGAACCUGUUGCUGUUCCCUUCAAUUGGGAAAACAUCCUCGGAAGAUCCAAGUCGAAGGAGCCUCCUGUCACUCCAACUCCAACGUUUAACAAAGAAACAGAAGAUGAGAGAAGAGGGUCCAAGGGGAAUGAUAUUGAUAAUGCUUAUUCUGAUGCCCUUGAUACAAUGUCGCCUCCAGAAUCCGUCUUAAUGAGCUGUGGUGUAAGCGGGAUGAGUGGGUUAGAAUUAGACAAUUCGAAUGCGAACAAGUCUGGAACAUUUCAUACGGAUCAGAAAAAUAGAGACUUCAUGAUGAACCGGUUCUUGCCUGCAGCUAAAGCAAUGACUUUGCAGGUUCCAGAAUUUGCUUCAAGGAUGCAAUCUGUGGUGAUGGAACAGGCUAGAGAAGUUAACAGGUCGUUUCGUGAGCAAAAGAAGCUGCUGCUUAAGAAUUAUAUCUCUGAUAUUAUACAAAGUUCUAACCAGUGUGAAACUGAAGAAGAAAGUGAAGAUGAUAAACAUGACUCUGCAAAUGCUUCAGCCAAAGGUUGCGGGCUACUUCCCCAAUUACACAUUAAGAAUUCUCUGUGCUUGCUAAAUCCUGUGCCUGGCAUGAAAUUGAGGAACAUAGUUCCCAUGUCUUCUUCUGCCUAUGAGGUUGCUAAACCAAACAAAGGCUCUCAUGUUCGAUCUUAUAGCCCAGCUCCUGUAGUUAAAAAGGCCAUUGAUGCCAUUUAUAAGAACAAGUCGAGCUCUGAAGCUGCAUCAAUGGACAUAAGGGAGGUGAGGAAGAAGUGGAUGAGUCAAUCAUGUAGGUUCACUUAUAACUCAGGAGAAUCGCAGCAGCAAGAAAGGUUGUCUCCAUUCCGGCGUUCAAGAGCCGCUGCUGCUGGCGUGUCUCCUUGUCGAAGUAGACCUCAAUAUCUACUUCGUGGAGCAAAGGUGCUUUCUGAUUUUAGAGAAGCUGAGAAUAUAAGUCGGUCUAACAGAUAUUUGAAUUUCCAGAGCAGAAGUCAUGGAAUUGGAAACAAUCAAGAAAAUAAUUCAACAGUUGAGAAGACAUUGUAUAUAGAUUCUGCAAGUACGGUAAAAUUAAAACAGUCAUCUUCUUCACAUUCAUUUUCUCCAGAAUCUUGUCCACAUGGAAGACAACUUCAAGGUUUGGAAGAAAAGAACAUGUUGGAUUCAGAUAUCACCAACAAGCAAAUUGUAAUAGCUGAUGGUUAUUCAGAAAAUGAUGUUGGUGAGUCUGUCUUGUGUCCUCUUCCACCACCGUUACCAAAAUCGCCCUCUGAGUCAUGGCUCUGGCGCGCCCUGCCUUUAGUUUCAGUAAGGAACCCAUUGCACCAUUCAAAUUUAAGCACUCAUUCCCAAUCUAUAAGCCAGGAUUCUCAUACAACACCCGGUAAUAAUACCAAGUGGGAGACAAUAGUAAAAACCUCGAAGUUGCAUGAUGAUCAUGUGCGCUAUUCUCAGGAAAUAAUAACCACCCACAGAUCUCAGCGUUUAAAAUCUUAAGAGAUGGAACUCUGGCUUGUUCAUCAUGAUUGGUGCGAGCUCAUGCGGAUUAUUCCACAUGAUACUAUAGAGAGCAGCCAAAGUCCUAUGGUGAUUUAAAAAAAAAAAAAAAGCAAAGCUUCUGUCAAGCUGCCAAUGGACAAGUGCGAGCGAGCCAGCUAGCUUGUGAACUCUCGUGUUCUAUGUAUUGUGUUUUUCUUAGUGCUCCUUGAUGUCAUGCGGAAUCUCCAGGCAUCAAGCAUUUUUAUGUGACAUUACACAAGUGGCAUUGCUUAUUUCCUUUUUUCUCAAAACAAAGUUUCUUAAUGAAAUUUUGGAAUCUAUGACAAUUGAUGUGUAAAUAAGAUUAUCAAUGAUUCAGAAUGUUAUAUGUA